UGAGAAGAUGAAGAUUUCUUUAUGUAAGUUGAGACUUCCCUUUCACAUAUUAUCUAUCGUCUCAUAAAAAACAUCUUUAUUUAAUUUAUCUUUCGAUGCAUAUCCUCUCAAGAACAUUAUUUACCGUCACGUUUAAGCAUACGUGGCAACAUAAGCAUCACGCCACGUCACUAUCGCAACCCUCUUCCCUCUUAUAUUAUACACCAGAAGCCCUCUCUCGCAUUGAUCAAAUCACAAAACCACAAAAAAAAAAAUCUCAUCAAAAGGAAGAAAAAAAAAGUUUCUUAAGGAUUGCAGAGAUUUAAAAAGAAAAUGGAGGGUUUGAUUCCAUUUUUGUACAAAGCCAUUGUUAUGUAUAAAAGAGAAGGAAGCUUUUCGUCGGUUUUGCUCAGCGAUCAUCACUCUCCUUCUAACGCCGGUUAUUACAUGCGACUUCCUGGCGACUCGUCUAGUAGGUUUCGAACGUCCGAUCUCCGACGAUUUGGGACGGACCGUUUUGGAAUGCUCGAAACGACGCCGUCAUCUUCGCCUUCUCGUGUUUCCACUAGGAACAUCACCAAACGUACGUAAGGACGACUGAUGAUCGAUAUACAUACGUAAAGAUAUGAUUGUGGUAAUUGUAAAUUAAAUAUUGUUAUAUACGUACGGUCCACCUUAAAUUAUUAUACUUGCUAGUAAAACUAAGGUUUGUUAAAAUCAUCGAAAUUAUGGUUAAACUGUAAAUAUAAUUUGUCCAUAAUUUUGAUGAAGAAAUUAAACAAAUAUGUAAUUUACUGUUUUUUUUUUAAUUUACGGUGGAUCGAUCAUAUAUGUAUUGAUUAGUGGCUUUGUUCAUUGUGUAAUUGUAAAACCAAAAAAGAAAGUCAAGUGUGUUAUCUUAUGGAUUUUCUUUUUUCUUUGCAAAAAUCAUAUCAUAAUGGAUUUCUUGUCAUUUACGCA